AAAAUGUGUGUACGCAUAAAAAUCUUAGUCUUUUAUCGCCAGCCCUUUAGUCCAGACGUUCUUUUCAGAGGCGCAGGAUGGCCUGCAAGUCAGUGAACAAAGUGUGCUUCGUUGUUUUAAACUCCAUAUUAUUUGCCUGCGCAAUAAUAGAGAUUGUGAUCGCGGCAGUAAUUUACGGCAGAGUGUACGCCUUGGACAUGCUCUCCUCUCUGCUGAACGCAUCGGCUAUGAUAAUUUUAAUGACCGCUGGAGUGCUCAGUCUUCUCUGUUCUGCGUUCGGAAUUUUUGGAUUAAAACUACAUAUGAGAUGGAUACUGUUCGUUUAUUUGGCCAUCAGCGUCGUCAUUUUCAUUCUGCAAGUGGCUGGCUUUAGCACGGCAUUUCACUCAGUCUCCAGCAACUUGGUGAAGUACCUCACCGACGCGUUUGCGGAGAUCAAAAGCAAAGAUGACAAAACAUUUGUUGAAUCCUCGUGGUGGAAAAUGCAGCAAAGUUUGUCUUGUUGCGGUGUCACCGGACCGGACGAAUUAGGGGCCGGCAAACAAGAACAAUUGUGUAUUUGCGAUAUGAAAGUUACGAAAAACUGUGGCCCAAAGUCAUACUACACAACUGGCUGCUUUAAUGCAAUCAUUUGGUACGCUUCCGACUUCACCCUUGGCGCGGCUGCUCUAUCUGUGUCAAUGGCCAUCAUACAGCUUAUCACUGGAGUAAUAUCAUUUGUGCUGGCGCGCAAUACAGAGAGUGUUGAUUGGGCCGUUCAACAAAAACAGGAAGCCACAUCCUAAAUGCAAUAUUCUUGUGUCAGACUAUAUUUCAUAAUUAGUAAAGAUUAAUAGAUGUGUUUUCCAUUUUCCAACUGCUCUGAUGGUAACAAAUAUUUCAUAAUAAAUAAAUGGUGUCUUUAAUAACA